GUUUAUCUGUUAAACGGAUUCAAAGACUACAGUCAAGCUUUUCAGACAGGAACGCUGGGCGUGCAGUGAAUGUUGCAACCGAUUAAACUGUUUUUAAACAUUCGUUAGUAUGGCUUGUCCUUGCGGUACCUACUUAUCACUCGUACCACCCGGCUCCCCUCCCUAAAAAAAUAUAUAUAGCUUCACGUGCAACAGAAUCGCCAUGAAGUUAUGUUUACCCAGUUAAGGGUUUUCACUUCAUUGCUAGUUUAUGCUGUUGUUCACCCGAAAUGGCGAGGCGACUGUCGUGGGUGUGCAGGUGUCGGGUAACCGCGUGUGUUUAGUAAGUGCAAACAGAUUUGUGUGAGAAUGAAUCCCCUGGGUUGUGGGGUACGUGUGUAUAUGUGUGUGUGUCACGUUAUCGGCACGUCACAUAAAUUCCACUUCCUCCAGCUCAUAACAACAUGAGUUAGUCAAUCUUAUGUAAAUUUAUCUCUUCAGUCCGUACAUUAAUCGCUUGAGCAUAAACAGUCCUCGACUACAUGCUACCCGUGAGGGACAGAACUCAAGACGGCAAGGAUCUGUCCCUGCUGGAUCAGCUGGUCGACCUUAGGUUUAUCGCUGUAACAUUUAUCAAUCGCGGCAAGCAGCAGAUUACAGGUAACCAUUGAAAAUAUUUUAACAGAAGAGAGGCUAGGAGUUGAGUUGUUCAACACCAUACGGCAACAAGAGGCACACUGGACCUGAAGUUUGCGUUCGGUGCGGCGAUUGUCACGGCUACAGUGUGUAUCCUACAGCCAUUCAGUAAACAUUACAUUGUAAGUGAGAUAAACAUACAUUUCGAAAGUCGUGAUAUUACACUCGUGGGUUACAUUUACAAUAUAAGUAGUGGAGAUAGGAAGUAUUGAUGCCAUGUACCGAAGGUUUUCUGACAGUGUGGUCUACUUGAAGAAGCGAGGCUGACUGAAAGGUGUGUAUGACAUCCGCACGCCUGUCUCUGAGCCGUCACGUGAUGUAGAAAGCGAUUUUGGGGUAGACCAUGCAACACUGUUCUCGCAACAAGAGGAUCUGAACCCCUAUAUCCAGCACCCGGCGGCGUACUAACGUCACUGACAUCCAGCGUCCCCUGUGUCCUCUAUUUGUGACGUUCGUCGGCAGUUACGAGUGAGUCCAGGUCGCUUGCUAGCGUCACGGAGGAGCAGACAGCAAAGAUGUCAGAUAGAACUGACAAUGCUGACUCCCCCCAGGGUCACAUUUCGACAUUCAACACUGUGACCGCUUCGUCGGCGCUGUCAUCGGACCGGUCCUCGACGAUGUCCGUCUCCCCUGCUCUUGCGGUCCCCGAGCCAUCCGCAAAGCCGUCCACCCUGCAGCUGCUGCUGGCUGUCCGGCAGGCGGCCGAGGAAGCCCAGGCAGCUGCAGCAGCAGCUGCUGCCGCAUCACGGACUGAUGCCGCUACUCGGCGGCUCGCCGGUAACGCGCCGCUGAAGCUGCCGUACCUCAGGGAACCAAACAAAGAAGCAAACCCCAGCGAUCUUGAUAUUGCGAUUCGUCUGGGAGCCUUCCUGGCACGAGGCAAUGAUGAGAGCUUCCUGCGGCUGUUGCAAAAGGAGUUUCCAGAGCCUAGCAUGAUGCCAGGCCGUGUGCAAGACAACCCCCUCUCUCGCCUGGACUCUUCAUGGUCAGCACCGACCGCCACUGUCGGGAGGGGACCUGGCAGAUGCAAGGAUGGCGUUACUGCUCCCUUCGUACGGCAGCAGCGGCGUCACGGGUAGGUGCCGCACAGGCCGUCGCUCGUUGCUUCAGUUGGAGAGUGGCACAGAUCUCGUAACUGCACUGCCUGGCCAGAGACACGUCACACAGUCCGAGACCAGUUUUGAGAGGUUUAAGCGGACGGCAGGACUGGUGAAACUAAUCGUGAAAAUCUGCAAUUUACUGAAAAGGUUUGUAGAUCGCCACGACUCCGACAGUUGGUCCUCCGUAGAGAUGUACCUCCAUUUCCAGCAACGAAUAAAAGAUGAUCUGGCGUUUAACCCUCAGAGUUUCACGAAAGCGCAGCCACUGAAUGGCGGUCCGAAACUCCAGAAGUUGCUGGCAGUGCAUCCAAGUCUCAGAACAUCCACUCACAUCAAGAAAAUCAUGGCGAUCAUAAGAGUUCACCGAGGCUUCAGCGACUUUCCUGUUCACAUCCAGAUUCAGCUGUGCCGCUGUCUGCAGUAUGAACUGUACGAGGCCCGCCGUCUGCUACUGCGUCAAGGCCAUCGACCAACGGCCUUCUACCUGCUGCUGACAGGAUCAUUGAUGGUCAACAUCCAGGAUACACACCCUGUCACUGGACAGACCUUCAUCCGUACAGUGUCCGAUCUCAAGCAGGGGGACUGCUUCGGGGAGCUGGCCUUGCUAGAGCAGACGACAAGAACGGCGACCAUUAUCUGCAAAACACAAACAGAGCUGGCGUCGAUAUCCAAAGAGGACUUCGAUCAGAUCGUUCGGUCUCAACUCUUGAAGCAAAGAGACCAGAAUAUUCUCUUCUGCCAGAAGCAGUUGCUGUUUGAAAAUUUCCCUUGCGAAGUUUUUUAUGACAACCCUGAUGGAUUCUUCUUCCAGUUCUGUCCGGCUGGAACGGUCAUCGUCAGAAACGGCCAAGAGUGUGCCUACAUCCUGUUCGUCAAAUCUGGCAAGUGUCGACUAAUCAGCAGCUACAACAGCUGCGACAUCGUCAAAACACAGAUGGAGGCCGCCUCGCGAGAGGCCCAAAAGGCGUUCCCGCUCUACGCGGCGAUGACAACGGCAAUCCCGCUCUUCCACGUGCCGACCAGGAACUCACCCUGAAACCAGGGCGGCCCGUGAUGGGGUGGAAAUGGAUUUACUGGAAGAAGUUCUGAACAGACACAGCCUUGAGACCGCCAACCAGGCCACCCGAGAUCUGGGCGUGCGCGUGAAAGAGGCACCUGCACCACCUCCACGGCCUCCACUGAAGAAGAGCCGGACUCUAACCAACCUUUACGACAGACUGCAGCAGGAAUGGCGUCACAAGUGG